CAUUAAAGAAAGCCAAGUGUUAGGGACGAAGAAUUAUCUCUAUUAUAUAUAAAGUUAUCAUCAAACUUCCACGAAACUGUAUAUAAAUACCAAGUCCUAACCUCAAGCUUUGGUAGUCUUACAAGAGAGAUAAGACAACCUAAUCAGAGAGAGAUGGGGAGGUCGCCUUGUUGCGACGAGAAUGGUCUAAAGAAAGGGCCAUGGACUCCUGAAGAAGAUCAAAAGCUUAUUGAUUACAUUCAUAAACAUGGUCAUGGAAGCUGGAGAGCCCUCCCCAAGCUCGCAGAUUUGAAUAGGUGUGGAAAGAGUUGUAGACUGAGGUGGACAAAUUAUUUGAGACCAGACAUCAAAAGAGGCAAGUUUUCCUCCGAAGAAGAGCAAACAAUCCUCCAUCUCCACUCCAUUCUCGGGAAUAAAUGGUCAGCUAUUGCCACGCAUUUGCAAGGUCGUACAGAUAAUGAGAUCAAAAACUUUUGGAACACACAUCUAAAGAAGAAAUUGAUCCAGAUGGGAAUCGAUCCCGUGACUCAUCAGCCAAGAACCGACCUCUUCGCAAGCUUACCUCAGCUCAUAGCCUUGGCAAAUCUAAAAGACCUGAUCGAACAAACAUCACAAUUUUCAUCCAUUCAAGCCGAAGCAGCCCAACUAGCCAAGCUACAAUAUCUCCAAUGUAUGCUUAAUUCUUCGGCUUCAUUAACCAACAACAACAGCAACAACAAUAGCCCGAGUAGUAUUCUCGAUAUCGAUCAGAACCAUGCCAUGAACCUCUUAAACUCCAUGGUCUCUUGGAACAAAGAUCAAAACCCGACUUUUGAUCCGGUUCUUGAACUCGAGGAUAACAAUCAAAAUCAAGAUUUAUUUCCACUAGGGUCUAUCAUUGAUCCAACCACCCAACCACUCCAACAACAAAAAUACCAUUUAAACAAUAGUCCUAGUCCUAGGGAGCUACCAUCACAAGGUGACCCACUUCUUGAUCAUGUCCCUUUCAGUCUCCAAACACCUUUGAAUAGUGAGGAUCACUUUAUAGAUAAUUUGGUCAAACAUCCAACUGAUCAUGAGCAUGAACAUGAUGACAAUCCAUCUUCAUGGGUUCUCCCUUCUCUUAUAGACAACAACCCUAAAAAUGCCACGUCUUCUCUUCCACACAACAAUCCGGCGGAUGCAAGUAGCAGCUCAAGCUAUGGAGGUUGUGACGCUGCGUCAUUUUAUUGGCCUGACUUUUGCUUCGACGAAAGCCUCAUGAACGUUAUUUCUUAGUUACUCUUGGUUUAGUGUUUUUUUUAGAUCUCUAUUAUUAGAGCUGUAACCAUACCCACGUGUAGUCGAGCUACGUUUCGUCAAGGUGAGUUAUUUUUGUAUACUUUUUUAUUUGGUUAGCGCUUUAUUUUGGUGUUUGUAAGUAGAAGUUGUGAUCCGUUUAUCCCUUUAUGUUUUGAGUUUUAUGUAAUUAGACAGGAGUCACAUGUAUGUGCUACAAGUAUGGGUGUACGUAUUUUUUAAAUAUAGAAUGUUUCAUUA